GCUACACUUAGUUCAUAUGAACGAAGCAAUCAAAAUUUUUGUGAGAAUGAGACCUCCUCUUUAAAAUGAAGAUGAAGAAGCUUGGAAGAUCUAAAAAGAAACAAACACUAUUAUAUCGCUACCUAGAGACCCUCAAACAACUCGAAGAUAUGCCGAUGCGUUCUAUAAUUACCAAUUCACUUUUGGUAUAAUUCCUUGUUUAAUAUAGACAAGAUCUUUUCAAAUGAAGAUAAAAAUGAAGAUAUUUAUAAGCAUUGCAAAUAGCUUUUGAACUACACUUUAUAAGGAUUCAAUUCCAGUCUCUUUCUCUAUGGAUAAACCACUUCUGGUAAAACUUACACCAUGCUUGGAGAUCAAGAAAACCCUGGUUUAUUGCCAUACACACUACUUGAUUUAUUUAAGGAAUGUUAAUUGCCAAUCGCUAUUAGUUAUAUUGAAAUAUACAAUGAACAAGUUCAAAAUUAUAUAAUUUAUAGAUUAAUGACCUAUUAUAGUAAGGUGCCACAAACCUAAAAAUGUAGGACAUUAAUGGACAAGCCUUUGUUAAUUAGUUAAGAAUUUAGCAGGUGGAGAAUUUCGAUGAUGCUUUGUCUUUGUUAUGUGAUGGAGAAGAGUAGCGUAUGUAUAGAGAAAGAUAAAUUCAUGAGCAUUCUUCGAGAUCCCAUACCAUUUUUCAAAUAUUAGUUUAACACGAAUCGCACACUUCAACUUUAAGUCUUGUCGAUUUAGCUGGUAGUGAAAGAUUAAACGAAGAGGAUGCCUCAGAUGAAACAGCAUAUAUAAAUAAAAGUUUGUUUGUUUUGAGCAAUGUUAUCAACAAGCUUGCUGAAGGCAAAAAAUCACACAUUCCUUAUAGAGAUUCAAAACUCACCCGAUAUUUAUAAAAUUCUUUGGGUGGGAAUUCAUACACUACUAUCAUUUGUACUUUGUCUCCUGCUUCUAUGAACUUUUAUUAAACUCUGUCCACAUUAAGGUUUGCAUAGAGGGCAAAGAAGGUUGAAAACAAGAUUUUUAAGCAAGAAUCUUUGAGUAAGGCUGGACUGAUAGAGGCCUUAUAGAAGGAACUAAAUGAUUUAAAAGUAGAAAGGGACUAGCUAAAAAUAUAAUUACUAUAAUAGUAAUCCAAUAACACCUUUGAUUAAAUAAUAGAUGUUUUUAUUUAAUACAUAGCCUUAUAAGUUCAUGAUAAAUAAAAGUUUAUUGAGGAUACAAAUAUCCUUAAAGAAGUUUAUAAUCAAUAGCAUAAAUAGUUAAUUCAAUCUUUAUACAAUUAAAUUAUGCAAAUGUGUUAGGACUGCAAUUUACCAAAGGGACUAAACAACCCUUUGAGUAAUUAAACACAAAAAGUAUUUGUGUAGUAAUUUAAAGAGUUGAUUAAUAAAUAAUUGUAGGAAGAAUCCAUUUUCAAUAAUGUCUAUGUUUAAUCAAUAUUGAAUCCACAAUCUGACUUUCAAUCAUAUUAAACUUAAUAAUUAAUGCCAAUUUUAGAGUCUGCCUUUCAAGAAGCAAUGAAUGCAUUAUAAAAUAAGCUAAAUGAAAUAACAUCAGUGGUUUAGAAUAUAGGAGAAUUAUCAUAUCAAAAUUAGAAGAUAAUUGAUGAUAAAAGUUUGAAAAAGUAUUUUGAAAUAGUUAAUAAUGAAUAUAAUUGGAUGAAACAGUGUAAAUUCUAAUUAAAUGAACAAUUUAACAAAAAAACUUAAGUGCUAUAAUAAGCUUUUAACAAUGUCUCAAAAAAUCUGAAUGAUUCUCGCUAUUCUUUAAAUAGUAGUAAAUAAUAGUAAUAAUAAUAAUAAUAAUAACAAUAAUAAUAAUAAUAAUAAUAACAAUAAUAAUAAUUAUAGAAUAUUACUAACAUUAUUAAUCCUAAUAUUAGAUAAUCUACAAAUACACCAAAAUUUACAGAAAGAGAUAAAACAGCAUUAUUUGUUUGGGGAUCUGGUAAAGAUGGUCGACUUGGAACUGGUUCUUUAGCCAGUUAGCCAAUACCAUAUAAAAUAUAAAUUUAAAAUCUUUCAUACAUAUCAUGUGGGUAUUAUCAUUCUGCUGCAAUUAAUAUAGAAUAAUAAUUGUUUAUUUGGGGGAAGAAUUAUGAUUUAACUCCCCAAAAGCAACCUUAAUUUAAUAGUAUCGUUCAAGUAGCUUGUGGAUGUCAGCAUACUUUGAUUUUAGAUUCAUUAGGAUAAGUAUUUUCUUGGGGAAUAGGAGACGAAGGACAAUUAGGAAAUGAAUCCUACUUUAAUUCUGAUGAACCUGUUAAAAUUUUGGAUAAGAUUAUUUAUAUAGAGGCCAGUAGAUCGCACUCGGCAGCAAUCAAUAAGGACAACCUCUUUUAUAGUUGGGGAUCGAAUAUAGAUUAUAGACUUGGAUUAGAAGAGAAAAAAAACUAUAAUGUUCCAACAAGCACUGGAAUCAAAGUAAGUAAAAUAUCGCUAGGAACGAAUCAUUCAGCAUUUAUAAGACAGGAUGGGAUAGUGUUUACAACUGGGAAUGGGUAAUAGGGCUAGCUGGGAAAUAAAAUUAAUUCUGAUUGUUAUUUGAAUUUAUAAUUAGACAUGAAAGCCGUUGAUGUUGUUUGUGGAGAAGAUAUCACUUUAUUCAUUAAUAACAAUGGCGAUGUUUUUAGUUGUGGGAAGAAAAGCAAUGGAAAUUUAGGACAUCUGAUGUCCACCAUUCCUGCAUUCUUACAAACGCCAAAACAAAUUGAAGGGUUGUCUAAAAUCAAGUAGAUAAGUGUUGGUAAAAGGCACUGUUUAGCAAUAUCUUCUUGUAAAUAAGUCUGGGGAUGGGGUUUCAACUUUUUUGACCAGUUAGGUUUGGGAGAUAAAAACAGAUUCAUUGAAUAGUACUAAAUUUUUCUAUAAAUAGGCCUAUUAAGUUGGAUCUUUAGGAUGUAAUUUAGGUGUCUUGUGGAGAGUACCAUUCUUUGGCUUUAUGCUAAACCUGA